CUCAUCGUCAGUUCACCACAAGGCGCCGCUGAUCGGCAGGCUAGCUAGGUGCUGAGCUGAACCUGGGAGCGGGCAUGGAGGACACGGCGGCGACGCUGGCGGCGGAGCUGGACCGGCUGCUGUCCAUGGCGAGGGAGCUGGAGGCGCGCGUCGAGGGCAACCAGCGCGCGCCGGGCGCCGCCAGGGAGCUCUGCGCCGCGCUGGCCGAGUCCGUCGACCGGGCCAUGCGCCUCGCCGGGAGCAGCCCGCGCGGCGGCGACGGCGGGGGCAAUGCCGGCACCGGCAGGGCGAGCGCGAGCGGGCAGGUCAAGGGCGGCAGGAAGGCGGCGGCGAACAAGGUGCGGACGCAGGUGCGGGUGGCGUCGGUGACGGACGCGGGGCCGCUCAACGACGGGCUCAGCUGGCGCAAGUACGGCCAGAAGGACAUCCUGGGCGCCGCGUACCCCAGGGCAUACUUCCGGUGCACGCACCGGCACACGCAGGGCUGCCAGGCCACCAAGCAGGUCCAGCGCGCCCACGCCGACCCGCUGCUCUUCGACGUCGUGUACCUCGGCGCGCACACCUGCGCCCAGGCCGCCGCGGUCCUCGCCGGCCCGGAGCAGCAGCCUCCUGCUGCCUUCGCCCUGGAGCACCAGCAGAGCUCGCCGCCGGAAGGGAUUCAGUGGCCGGUAGAGCCCGUGACGCCGCCCCCCUUCCUCUCCUCGCCGGCCGGCUGCUACACGCCGGGGAGCCCCUGGUGCGAGCUUGCCGGCAGCUACGGCUACGCUGCCGGCGGGGGGCUCGGGGCUGACAUGGAGUAUGCGUACGACCAGUUCGACGAAAUGAUCUUGAAUCUGCCCGAGGUUUUCCAACCGGAUGGUCCGAACCUGUAGGUGCUGCGGCCAACGGGAAGUAGUCAGUCGAACUGGUUCCUACCAGGUUACUCAACGAGUCGUGAAGGAUGAUAGCCUGUUAGCCAUGGCGAGAGAAAAUAACUGAACCAUCAACGUCUGGAGACUUAUAAUUUGAUCCUUGCAUAGGCAACCAUAGAGCAAAUAUGAAAUUAUUUGAAUUCUCA